AUGAAGCGGGACCGGCGGGGUCGGUUCCUGUCGCCGGGGGCGAAGCGGGGGCCCGCGGGCGGCGGCGUCGGGCCCGCAGAGGCCGGCGGCGGCGGCGGCGGCGGCGGCCCCGCAGAGGGCGGCGGCGGCGGCGGGACGGAGGACGGCUCGGAGGAGGCAGGAACCGGCCGCCCUUUCAGCACGGGAUACUGCCGCCUCUGCCACGGCAAGUUUUCCUCCCGGAAUCUGCGUCACGCCUUCGGGAAGGUGCCCGCGCCCGGGGAGAGCUCGGAGAGCCAGCGCCGGGUGGAGCGGGUCUUCUUCCUGGACUUCCAGCGCCUGCUGGGGGUGCCGCUGCGCCAGGACCCCGCCCUGCCCCAGUUCGUCUGCAAGACCUGCCACGCCCAGUUCUACAAGUGCCGCAGCGUCCUCAAGACCUUCAUCCAGAGGGUCAACGCUUCGCCCGGGGGCCUCCGGAAGCCCCGGGGAAAGGGCAGCAGCGAUGAUCAGCUAGACUCCGGGCCCAGAGAGGGAGGCCGCCUAGCGGACCUGAUCUCCUCCAGCCCCAAGUGCCUGCACGGCUUGGUGGGGUGGGCGCACGGGCACGCGGCGAACUGCGGGGCGGUGCCCAGCCUCCAGAGCGUGCUGUCCUCGGAGUACCGCGGCAUCAUCCGGGCCGUGUGGGGCUGCGGCCAAGGCCACGACUACGUCAUGAACGCAGACUCCGACUGCAGCUCCUUGCUGCUCGACAGCGCCCUGGCCGUCAAGUGGGAGCGGGAGCGGGGGGCGGCCCGGCGACUCGCCGAUAACGGGGAGGCCGGGCCCCCGGGCCCCGCCCCGCCGGACCCCGCGGACACAGGGAGCGGGGCGCCCGCCGGCCCGGAGGACCGGACGCCGCCCGCCAGGGACGCCGCGCAGCUCCCCUCCGACGGCAGCCGCGCGGGACCCGAGCCGAACCCGCCCCCCCGGGCCGGCCCGCCCCCAAGCGGGACUCCAGGGCAUUUGAGUGGGAAGCAGGUUCCAUCGUCGAUCUUGGAUGAUCGGGUAAAAGACGAGUUCAGUGACCUUUCUGAGGGAGACUUCUUGACUGAGGACGAAAACGACGAGAAGAGGAACGCCCAGUCCUCGGAUGAGUCCUUUGAGCCUUAUCCAGAAAAGAAAGUGUCUGCUAAGAAGAGCGAAAGCAAAGAAGCCAAGAAGUCAGAUGGACCCAAAAUUCGCAAGAAGCCAGGACCCAAACCGGGCUGGAAAAAGAAGAUCAAAUGUGAAAGGGAAGAGCUACCCACCAUUUACAAGUGUCCUUACCAGGGUUGCACGGCUGUAUAUCGAGGGGCAGAUGGCAUGAAGAAACACAUAAAGGAGCAUCACGAGGAGGUACGAGAGAGGCCCUGCCCACACCCUGGCUGUAACAAGGUGUUCAUGAUAGACCGCUACCUACAGCGCCAUGUGAAACUCAUUCACACAGAGGUACGAAAUUAUAUCUGUGAUGAGUGCGGACAGACGUUCAAACAGCGGAAACAUCUUUCGGUUCACCAGAUGCGCCACUCAGGAGCAAAACCCCUCCAAUGUGAAAUCUGUGGGUUCCAGUGCAGGCAGCGAGCGUCGCUGAAGUACCACAUGACCAAGCACAAAGCGGAGACGGAACUGGAAUUUGCCUGUGACCAGUGCGGGCGGCGCUUCGAGAAGGCCCAUAACCUGAACGUCCACAUGUCCAUGGUGCACCCCCUGACCCAGAACCAGGACAGAGCCAGACCGCCGGAGAGCGAGCAGGCCCCCGACCUACCGCCCCCCUCAGGGACCACGGAGAGCCUGGCAGUCAAACCGGAACUGAUCGCGCAGCGGGAACCCACCUGAAAGCCCGGAAGGCGGGGGAGAGGUGCGGUCGAUUGGCCUCGUACAGACCAGGUGUUCAGAUGGGGUUUUUAAAUGACUUUCUCGUAGUUCUUCGAACGGACCGCGGCGACCGCUUCGGCUUGCUCAGACAAAAAGCUUACCGGGCUGUAAUUCUCUCGCCUCCCCCCUCCUUCCGGUCCCCGUGCGUGUGUUUGACGCAGCGGCGUCUUACGAGAUGGCAUCGUUCUCAGCGGUGGGAUGGGCGGAGGCGUCCGUCCGCGUGCUGCCCUCCUCCCCUGCCCCUGUUCCUGCCCCUGCCCCGGGUCGGUAGGAAGUAGGUUCUCCCCGCACAUCUAACUUCCGCCGCUCCUCGGGCUCGUUCUCUAGCUCCCCCGUAUGGCAGUGGUUUGUUUUCCUGGGGAGAGCCGAACGGCUCAUUUUAAAUAAUUGAUCUCCUUCCACCCCUCCGAGCAAAAGAUAUUUGUAAUCCACUUUUUAGUGUAACGAGAGCUCCAGAGUUAUGCUUUAAAAUAAAUUAUUUACAAAGUA